UGAGAGGUUAAACAGUCUAAAUAAGGUCACAAAACUACUGAAAACUGGCACUGGGAUUUGAAUCCAUAUACUCUUGAUUUAAAAUACCUUUCCAGUCUUGUACAUUUGGUCUCCUGUUACAUCUACUAGUGAAAUUCCUUUAGCAUGCUCUGAACACAGGAAUCUGAAUUCUCCUGAAUCCUUACUCUGUCUAGUAGCUAAAUAGGAUUCCUCCUUCGCUAAUCAAACGGGAAUUGAGUAAAUGAGCUUGGUGGUGGGCAGAUGGAGAGCAGGGAAGUUGACUUUUCUCAAGACUUGGGAACGUAUACGUUCUUACCUGUCCAGGAAGGGUAUUUGUAGGGAGUGGGGUAUUACAGCUGGAGGGAGACCAAGAUUUCCGUAACUAGUUUUCAAACACCUGCAUGCCUCUGCGUAGACUCGAGAAACACAUUUCACACAGAACAGCCGGGCACGGUGGAACAUGCCUGUAAUCCCAGAGGCAGAGGCAGGCAGGGCCUUUCUGAGCUACAAAGCGAGUCCGUGACAGCCGAGGCCACACAGAAACCCUGUCUUGAAAAGCAACCUCCAUUGGAUCCCUGUUGUACGUCCCUAGAAUCUGAGGAGCCGGAAUGGAAAAACUGCAAGCCAGUCAUCUAACGCUCAUGACCAAGGCUGAGCAGUCCCAGUUAAAAAACUCACGGGCGCUCUCAUAUUUCUGUUGAAAAACAUUUCACACAGAAGUUCCGGUACGAGAACAAAAACAAUUUCUGCCCCAUUCGGGGCUUACAGUUGACUCUGAGGUACAACACAGACAAAACAUGUGAACUAAACCAGCAUUCAUGUUUGCGAACUAAGAAGGGCGUCCACACCGCUCCAGGGUACAGGAAGCACAGACUGGGUGUGUCCACGUGAAGGGCUUCCCACUACUAGGUGGCUCUCUGAGCCGCCUUCCAACGGGUAUCAAAGGACCCAGCCACUUCCAUUUCUCCCGGAUGAUAAGCGGCGCAGGCAGACGGAAGGGGCGGGGCUAGAAACGGAAGUUCCUGAGCCCGCAGCGGUCACGAUCACGUGGGAAAAGGUUCUAAGCAUAGCUGGCACUCAGGAGGCAUGGCACUCUGGCGGGCGUACCAGAGGGCCCUGGCUGCACAUCCGUGGAAAGUCCAGAUUCUGACCAGUGGGUCACUGAUGGGCCUAGGUGACAUUAUCUCACAGCAGCUGGUGGAGAGGAGGGGCCUCCAGGAGCACCAGACACGCCGGACCCUGGUCAUGGUAUCCCUGGGCUGUGCCUUUGUGGGGCCCAUACUUGGAGGCUGGUACAGGAUUCUGGACCGCUUUAUCCCCGGCACCACCAAGGUAGAUGCUCUGAAGAAGACGUUGUUAGAUCAGGGGGUCUUUGCCCCAUGCUUUUUAGGCUGCUUCCUCCCAACGGUAGGGGUACUCAAUGGAAUGUCAGCCCAGGACAAUUGGGCCAAACUACAGCGUGACUACCCUGAUGCCCUCAUCACCAACUACUAUCUCUGGCCCGCUGUGCAGUUAGCCAACUUCUACCUGGUGCCCCUGCAUUACAGGCUGGCUGUUGUCCAGUGUGUUGCUGUCGUCUGGAACUCCUAUCUAUCCUGGAAAGCACAUCAGCUAUAAGCCUGCCUUGUUCCAUACUGGCAUCACUGCACCUUGACCCUGGAGUGCUUGGACAGCUUCUUCAAAGAGAGCCUAUCAGGGCAGGAGCAGGGGCUUGGCUGCUAAGAGCGUAGACUGCUCUGCAAAGGACCCACACUGGGUGGUUCACAACUAUCUGCAACUCAAGCUCCAGGAGACCUGAUGUCUUCUUCUGGCCUCUGAAGCUCCUGCGCUCACGUGCACAUACCCACGCAUAGACACGUAUUCAAAAUUAAGCAUACAAUAAAAAUAUUUUUUUAAAAAGA